UCUUCAUACAUUUGUAUAUAAAACGCAUCUUAUGGGGUGCUUGAAAUUACUAAGUGUUCAAAUACGUCUAGAACAAAGUAUUAAUUUAAUCAAUUAAAUUAUUUUGUUAUUACUUAGAGCAAUUAGGACAAACCAUCUAUUUCAGUACUCCCUAUGAUAAAAGUGAUUUACAAGACUUCCAAAGCGAACAUGUGAGACAUGUAACAAGAACCUUUACUGCUGAAUGUCGUGCAACAAAACCUGUAAUGUUAUUUCGACUAUAACACAAUAAGGUAAAAAUUUACUUUUAAGGAUGCCAGCAGGUGUAUCAUGGCCAAGAUAUCUAAGGAUGUUUGCAGCCAGUGUGUUGUCAAUGUUUGCUGGAGCACAGGCUGUGCAUCAGUAUUACCGUCCUGAUUUAACCAUUCCAGAGGUCCCGCCAAAGCCUGGAGAACUGCGAACUGAACUUCUUGGCUUAAAAGAAAGACAGACAGACUCAGCAUCUCAGAAACAAUGACCCGUUGAUUUGUUUUCUGUAACUAAUGUGUAUAGAUACACAUAUAGAUAUGAAAAAUUAUUAUUAUUUUUGUUUUGUUUUUUUGUUUUUAUUCUGUGAAUAAAGCUAUUUAUACAAACA